AAGCGUUGGGGCCUCGGGCAGUCUUGAGAGAUCCGCGAGCGAGUGUUGAUAAACCGCGUCGCAAUAUCGAGUCGUACCAAUAUAGAUUUGUAGUGUUAAGUACAAACAAAACGUUGGCUCCGCACACGAAGAUGACGUAUCCCGUAUUACGUUACAAUGCCCAUCAAAGAUAUUGGUUGGAUUUCCUGCCAUCAAAUCCGUACGAGGAGGAAGCCAUCCAAAACUAUGACAACCUACUGCAUAAAACGCUCAGCAAGAUCUUCCGCGUGCGCUGUCAAACCAGGAGCAGCAUCCAGCUGCAAGCGCUCGUUUCUUCCCCCAGGUGCAAGGAUCAAAAUGACCUGAUGACAGGACUAGUGAGACUGGAACCGGCCUUCCGUCAAAUAUUUCCAAUGGAGGGCCAGAGGCUCUCGCUGUUGUGGACCGCGAUUCUAUCGUGUUAUCAAAAAUCGGCCGAGCUGCUGGUGCAGUCGGCUGCCAACGUAAACGAGUUCCUCGGAUUCGUAUUAUUCAGUCCUAACAACUAUAUUAUCGCCGAGGGAACCAGUAUCCUCCAAUGUGUUCUCUUGAUGUAUCCCUCUCCGUGGAACGACCGAUUCUUCGUUCUGCUAACCGAACACGGAGCCGACGUGAAUGCUCGAGAUCCGAAUGGCUGGACGGCCUUGCAUACGGCGGUGAGAAAAUGUCGAGUCCAGGCGGCUAGGUUGCUUCUCGAAAGAGGAGCAGACAUCCACGCGACCGAUGCCAAGCGCGGCAUAACACCACUGCUCAUGGCAGCUUUGAGCGGCGCUCCCGUCAAAUUGCUGCAGCUGUUGCUCGAAUUCGGAGCGAACGUUGCCGACAAGAACAGAACAGGUAUGAACGCCUUGCACUACCUGGCGCUUGUCCGGCCGGAAAACGCCAUGGAGAACGUUUGCGAGCUAGCCAGGAUCUUGAUCGACAGAGGCACCUCGCUAGACGACGAAAGCUCGAUUGGCCAGUACCAGCCGUUACACGGGGCUAUCUACACGGGAAAUAUCGCAUUGGUACGGCUCUUUUUGAAGCGCGGGGCGAACGCGAACGCGCGAGUGGUGUGCGGCAUGUUUCCACUCUACCUCGCUGCCAAGCACGUCGUGAGGGGCCAUUACGACAUGAUGACAGCUUUGUUCGAAAGUGGCGCUGACAUCGCCAUGAAAUCCGACAGAGGUCGCAGUGUCUUGCAUGCCGCCUGUCUGCAACGGAACGAGACCACAAUAUGGAUACUUCUGGACAUUGACUCGGACAUGCUGUUCCUCAAGGACAAGUUCGGUAACACACCGUUCGAUCUGAUGCUCACGUCGGAUCAUACCAACGGGACGGUCCAGAUGGUGCUCAGAGCCCUGGCACUGCACACGGGCCUCUCGCUGCUGCCGUCGGCCGCCUGGAAGGACGAGCAGCGCAUCCAGCAGGAACCCGAACUGUGGGAUUAUUACCAAGCUUGCGUCGCGGAAAUCCGCAUGGCAAGGGAUGAGCCGCUCAUCGGAUAUUGGACCUAUUUGGAUCUUUUGACCAAAUGCAAUUGCCAGAUCGCAAAGCCCAUGCGGAACGAAAAAUUCGGCAAGGCAUUCAGGAGGCAUCUCAACCUUUUUCCCAACUAUAGGAAUACCAUGAAACAAACCGUCAGUUUCAUCAAGCAUCAUUACCUUCGCCCUAUGACUCAGUUUGAGGAAGACAUCCACGUGGCGUUUGAUCGUACUGUGCCUGGACUGGUUUCGAGGACAAUGGCUCAGUACGCGGUUGACUGCUAUAAAUGUCAAAUGAGAAGACUAGCCGGUGCUUCUCGAGGCAGCGCUGAUAACAGAAAUGCUCCGCGCGAGCAGUGAAAAAGACGUUCUUUCUAUUGUAAUCCGACUGCUGACGACCAUUUAAUGCCUGAUGCAUGAUUAGUUUUGUACAUAUUGAUUAUUUAUGCAAAUUUUAGCUGUAUAGACGUAGACUUCUGUUAAAAUAGAUUUAGAGAAAGGCAAUAUCCUUCGCGCCUUACUGAUAUUCAAAUAAAGACAUACCGAAUAACCCAAUAA